AUGAAGAUAGACGGCAAAGUCGCAAUCGUCACCGGGGCGUCGUCAGGUUUCGGCAGGGCGCUAGCAUGGAGAUUAGCGGGGAAAGGAGCGAAAGUCGUUUUGGGCGACAUAUCAGACGCCGCUGGUACAGCGCUAGAGAAGGAGAUCAACGCCAAAUAUCCCGGACAAGCCAUCUUCCGCGUCUGCGACGUAACAAGCAAAGCCGACCAGCAGAGACUCUUCGAAGCCGCUAAAACCAAAUGGGGCUCCAUCGACAUUGUCGUCAACAACGCCGGAAUAGGGGAAAGCAAGCAAUUCGACAAGGACGAAGAGGACAUAUGGGUCAAAGUCCUCCGCAUCGAUUUGGAGGCCGUCAUCAUCGGUACCCGUCUCGCGCUCACCGAGAUGAUUGCGGCGGGCAAAGGCGGCGUCAUUGUCAACACGGCGUCUCUGGCGGGACUGUACCCGCAAUGGAACCAGCCGGUGUAUGCCGCCGCGAAGGGCGGGGUGGUGCAUUUCACGCGGUCGGUUGGGGAGUUUGCGAAACGCCAUGGGAUUCAUAUCAAUGCUAUCUGCCCGGGUUUCUCGCCUACUGGCAUUCUGGUAUCUGCCGAGAAGACACUCGGCCCACUAUUCAUGAAAGCAACUCAAGACCGCGUCCCGGUGGAGCAGGUCAUCGACGCAUUCAUAAUGUCCAUUGAGGAUGACACCCUCUACGGUCAGAGCAUUCGGAUCACAAAGCAACUGGGCAUUGACCUGUACAAGUGGAGAUCUGCCAAAUCCAGUCUGUAG